GAGAGAGAAAGAGAGAGACUGGAAAAGGAGAGGGAGGCGGAAUGCAACAGGCUGAGCUCUCUCGUCACUGUGAGAGGGACUUCUGACUGACAAACACAGCUACUACUCUCAGCUCACUUCUCCUCUCAACCACCCUCGCUCAGCAGCACCCAGGGCGUCCGUCACAUCCCAGCUCUGAGUCUGGACCUGCUCGGUUCUCGGUCACUCGGCUCCUGGUCUCUUUCUGGCUUCUCCUCUCUCAGCAUCAUCCCUCUCACCUCUCCGAGGCCCUGACGGCAGAGACGCCAGCAGCUGAGAGGGGCUGAAUGGCACCAGCUCCUUUCAGACUCACCAUAGGGCCCUUGACUGAGACAUAGGAAGAGCCAAACAGCGAGACGAGUCACCUAAAGCAUCACCAGCACUUGGCACCAUGGCAACCAAUAGGGAGCAUCAAGUGCGUCACAUGGCCGGCUUCCCCCGUGCUAUGUACCCGUUCACCUUCAACUCCAUGAGGAGCCACUCCCCCUUUGACCUGCUGGCCAGUAGCCACCUCUUUGGCCGGUUCGGGGCCGACCUGCCCACAGAGAUGGCCGCUUUGUCGGUGGAGACCCAGAGCACCAGUUCAGAGGAGAUGGUGCCCAGCUCUCCUUCUCCUCCUCCUCCUCCUCGGGUCUACAAGCCGUGCUUCGUGUGCCAGGACAAGUCGUCCGGUUAUCACUACGGAGUGAGCUCCUGUGAGGGCUGCAAGGGUUUCUUCAGGCGCAGUAUCCAGAAGAACAUGGUGUACACCUGCCACAGAGACAAGAACUGUCAGAUCAACAAAGUGACCCGCAACCGCUGCCAGUACUGCCGGCUGCAGAAGUGCUUCGAGGUCGGCAUGUCCAAGGAAGCGGUGCGUAACGACAGGAACAAAAAGAAGAAGGACGUGAAGGAGGAGGUGGUGCUGCCAGAGAACUACGAGCUGAGCGGGGAGCUGGAGGAGCUGGUGAACAAAGUCAGCAAAGCUCACAAGGAGACCUUUCCAUCUCUGAUGCAACUCGGAAAAUACACCACAAACUCAAGUGCUGACCACAGAGUGCAGCUGGAUUUGGGCCUGUGGGAUAAGUUCAGUGAGCUCUCCACUAAGUGCAUUAUAAAGAUUGUGGAGUUUGCCAAGCGGCUACCAGGCUUCACCACGCUCACCAUCGCUGACCAGAUCACCCUCCUCAAAUCUGCAUGUCUGGACAUCCUGAUGCUGAGGAUAUGCACUCGUUACACCCCAGAGCAGGACACGAUGACCUUCUCCGAUGGCCUGACUCUCAACAGGACACAGAUGCAUAACGCCGGCUUUGGUCCACUCACAGACCUGGUGUUUGCCUUCGCCGGUCAGCUGCUUCCUUUAGAGAUGGACGACACUGAGACGGGGCUGCUUAGCGCCAUCUGCCUGAUCUGUGGAGAUCGUAUGGACCUGGAGGAGCCGGAGAAGGUGGACAAGCUGCAGGAGCCACUGCUAGAGGCUCUGAAGAUCUACACCCGCCGCAGACGUCCGAACAAGCCUCAUAUGUUUCCGCGCAUGCUGAUGAAAGUUACGGAUCUCAGAGGAAUCAGCACCAAAGGUGCAGAGAGAGCCAUCACACUGAAGACAGAGAUCCCAGGGCCCAUGCCUCCUCUCAUCAGGGAGAUGCUGGAGAACCCUGAAGCUUUUGAGGACAGCAGUGAUUCAGGGGACAGUGCAGCCGCAGCUGCACCCCCAGCUGCACCCCCAGCUGCACCCCCAGCUGCACCCCCAGCUGCACCCCCAGCCGCUCCCACCAUUCAAGCCAUCAAGCAAGAGGAAAAAGCCACAGAGUCGGCCAUCGAAGAGGAGGAGGAGGAGGAAGAGGACGACUACUGGGACGAGGAGAAAGAGCGAGGGCUGGACAGUGACGGGGAGCUGUGGGGAGAGGCGGCCGCGAUGAAAGCCGUGACUGGGAAAGCACAGUGAGAGAGACACAAUGACGCUGCUUCCUCCUCCCCCGGGUCACUGAGCCGCCACCCAGCAACAUCUCAGAGAAAACCUCAUGAUAUAAGGCUCUUAUAUAACAACAUGUGGCAUACAGCACAUAUUUACAUAUACUGUACAUAUACUGGACUGAGAUUAAAAAUGUGUUCAAAUCAGCAGAAGAAACGAGGAAUGGGAGAAGCUAAAGCACUAAAUGUCAGUGGAUGGAGGAGAGCGCCAUUUAAAACUCGCUGUGCCAAAAUGAGACUGUCUAAAAGAUAUUUCAAAAGUGUUUUGUCCACACGGAGAGGAAGGAGAGGCGGUGGACAGAAGAAAUGCACUCCUCUAUAAGGGCUAUGCUGUGUAUAAAAUUGAUGGUAAAAUGCAUUGUAGCAACAGAUCUCUACAUGGUGGUGUCCAAAUGCCGCAAAUGUCUUCUCAAAAUUCCUUUUAUUCCUAUUCAGAGAUAUGCUUCUUAUUUUUUUAUUGUAUGGUUUUUUCUUAAGCAUGUACACAUUUCUGUGUUUUUGUCUUUAUGCCUGUUUGUGGGACUGUUUUUAUAUCUUCACUUACUCCUGCUCAUAUUUGACCCGACUCUUUGACCAUUUUUUAAGCUUAAGUCUCUAAUUUUAUGCAUUUGUGCUUUAGUGGACACAGUAAAAAACAGCAAUAGCAAAUAUCAUAGGACAGAGCAAAGCAAGAGCAGGACUCAAACUCACAAUGUGACAAGCACAUAGGUAUGUAAAUAAGUCUUUGAAUCCACGGAAUCAUGUUGAGGAGAAUAAUCCUGCGAUUUCAACUCUGGUGCUUUUGAUCCAAAUAAGAUUUUGAGAAAGAAUGCAAAAGAAAUACAGGGACAUAAUUCCGCCUCUCAACAAGAACAAACACUUUGAAUAAAAGGGUAGAUUUCAUGUCAAUCUCAGGUUGAUUGUUUCAGGGUCACGUCUCGCCUGUCGUUAAAGUAAGGAAAGUUGGUGGGAACGCUCUGGCGUAACUUCCCCAUCUUCAAAGGAAAAAUCUUCUUACAUCAAGUAGCAGGAAAGUUGUUGACUCCGAUGUAUUCGCUCUUUGUACAGUAACCAGGUACAGGUAAGCCAUAUGAAUUUCAUUUUGUAAGAAUGGGCAAAUAAAAUUAACUAAACAGACAAAACCCUUAAAAGCUGUUUACGUCACAGAAAACCUCAGGUGUGUAUCUGUAUGUGUGUGUGUGAGUGUGUGUGUAACUGAGAGCAUUUAAGAAUACAUAGAGUGAUGUUACUGACGAUAAUCCACAGCGAGCAUCUAUGCAAAAGUAAAAUUAAGUCAUCUCUUAAAAAUGCACACAGAAUGGGCUUUAUUGCAAAAAAAAAAGUAAAUAGAAAGAGAGAAGUCAUUCCCCUGAAGACGUCUGGUGAACAAGCUGAUCUAAAAUCACAGAGAUGGCAACAAAUAUUGAACUUGAAAUCUCUGACGCUGCAGCCUGUCCAACAAAAUCAAACAAAACAAAUAAUUUCCAUUGGAUGACCGGCCCGCUGAAGCUUGGAACCACAGUUUCACAUGAUGUGUGUUCAUGUCUGCUGUAAUGACUGAUGCAACCAAUGUGGAUUUUGUAAUAAAUACCUAUAAUCUGCUUUUCAUUGAGACGUUACAAGGUUUUUUUUUCCAUGUAACAUAUAUGAAGUCAUUGUUUGUGUAAUGAAAUUCAGUGCAGUCUGUCUUAUUGAAAUCUUCCACCAGCACGUCCUUCCUCUCGGCAUAAAAACAUUGAAACAUGCUUGAGGUAGUUUAACAAUAUGAGGGAUCAAAUAAAAAAAAAAAAAGCUCCUAUAUUAUCACUGUGACAAUAAACCAGCAGUUUUGAAGUUAGUCUGUAGCACCAGACGUGAAGUCAUGACAUCAUCACAGUGACGUUAUUUAGACUCUUUAAUUGUGACGUUGCUAAAAAAGAAUAGAAACAUCACAAGUUAUUUUCACACUGACACACACACACACACACACACACACACACACGUACAUAGUUGAUAUUUUGCACAUCAUCUGCCAACUCUACAUACAAUGUUAUUUUGUAUUUAAAUAUGUUUCUAUAUCAUAUAAUCAUGAUAAUCUGUGAUAAAUAGUUUUUCUAUUGUUCAAACCUCUUCUCUAAUUUGAGCUGGUGCAAUAAAAAAGCCUUUGAGGAGACCAGGACUAAGCUCAACACAAAAACAGAUGUGUAAAUUUAAAAAAAGACCAAAGACAGACAUUACAUUAUUAUUGGAUUAAUAAACUAAAUAACUCAUUAAUUAGAAGAAAACUAAAUAUGAGAGCCAAUGAUACAUGGAUGAACUAUUCACUAUGAACUGUGGGCUGCGAGAGAUUUAUCAUGAUCUCAAAUGACGUUUAAAGCUGGAAUCAUUUUAUCUCUGUAUUUUAUACUUUUCAUUGUUUUCUCAUGUUUUUUUUAUCUGAUGUCUUUUUUUUUGUAUCCACAGACUCUAGUGUACAAAUAACUUGUGUUCAUGUUCAGGGAUUCACACACCUCAUGAGCUCUGCUUCAGUUGGACUUCAACCAAAAUAGCUCUGAUACACACACACACACACACACACACACACACACACACACACACACACACACACACACACACACACACACACACACACACACACACA